AUGUUAAAUAGCUCAAUAUAUUCAUCCCCUAAUACUUAAAAACAAAGGAGUUCAUCUAUGAUGAUGUCGUUGAUUUAUGGAACUUCAGGUAUAUUAAAAACUUAUAGUUAGUGUCUCCUAACAAAUCUCGAGUCAUCCAAUUAAGUGAGAAACUAUCAUAAUUAUCGAUUGAUGAGGAUAGAACAUUAAAAAAGGAAACUUAUCAAGAAAAAUUGAAUUCAAUAAAUUAAAAGGUUCAAAAAGCCCAUUAAAACGAUCUCAGUAGACUACAAUCAUUAUAAGAGCAAUUAACUAAAAUGGAAGAAACGUUAAGAAAUGAUUAAAUUAUCAGAAAUGUAAAUAAAAUAAAAUUUAUUAAUAGACUAAUUCUAAAAACUUUCAUUAAAAUGCUCUAAAGGAGCAAGAGAAGAAUGUGCAAUAAAGUAUUUAGAAAGAUAAGCUUAAUCGUAAGACAUUUGAAAUGAGAUUAACGAAAUUGUUGGACGAACAAUCUUAUAAAAUGAGAUUAGAAUUGGCUAGAUAACAAUAGUAUAGGAAAGAGACAGAAGAGCAAUACUAAAUUGAAAUAGAGCAUAAAAUUCAAAAUCUAAGUUAGGAUGUAAGGAAUGAGAAGAGAGAGAGGUAUGAUUAUAUUAAAAUUUGUUAGAGAAAUGAUUUAUUAAGAGUUCGUAAGAAGAAUGGGGGAGCAAGUAUUUUCAGUAUCUGAAACAUUGAAUUAAGAGAAGAAGCAACGAUCAGAUUCUUAGAACCAAAUGGAGGUGAUGAUUUAGGAGAUUAAUAAUAUUCUAAACUUGUAAUUGGCUGAGGAACAGUUAUAAAGAGAUGAGACUGAAAGGACUAUGAUAAGAUUAUUAAAUGAGACAUGUAAUCGGGUGGAGAAUUCCCUGAGAAAGUGA